AUGCAGCAGCAUACCGUGGUAGCCGAUGAUUUAGUGUUAGGACCGCAGUCGCAAUGGGUGCAAGUGGCUGCACGAAUCUUCCCCGAGUUGGGCACAAUCUCCAAGGCAAAGCGCGCACGGAAAGCAGAACAUUUGCUUUUGAAUGGACAGCCACGGGUUUCCACACUCACUUGCGCUGCUGUGGACGACAUUUUGGUCUACUUUAGUCCAGUAAAGCAGAACCAAUCGGAUAUGAGUAACGACCUGAAAGCUCAAUUGUGGCUGCAAACUUGCAUGACGCAAGGAUUGCGAAUAGUUUAUGACUAUGACAGCAUGGCAGUGGUCGUCAAACCCGUGGGUAUUCACGUAAAAGGCAGAAGCAAACGUACAGUGGAGCAAGCACUGCCACUGCUAUUACAGAGUCCGAUAUUACUUGCAGAUGGUGACUUUCAGCUGCCAUUACCACAUGCAGUGCAUCGGCUGGAUUAUCGUGUGGGUGGUCUGCUACUUGUGGCGAAGACGAGGAAGAUGGAAGUGGAAUUGUCGGCUCAAUUGGAGCGGCAUUCUGUCAUCAAGCAGUAUCGUGCUAUUCUUGUGGGUAAUGUCCGUGAGAUGUGCCAUGGAAAGAGUGCUCUGCUUGAUCCAAUUGAGCUUCCAGGUGCACUGCAGAAACUCCGCGACGAACUGCAAUUCUUGAGUGAUCCUAUUGAUGGCAGGCCGUGUCUCACUGCAGUGCGAGUCGUGAGCACGACACGCAGCGCACGGUACGACUGGAUAUCGACUGUGGAUUUGUGGCCGCUGACAGGACGCAAGCAUCAACUUCGUAUUCAUACGGCGCGACAUGGACAUCCCAUUGUUGGUGACGAUCUCUAUCACGACAUGAAUCGUGUGGGCUCUGACAACGAACCGGCGGUUGUGCGUGGCAUGGGACUCUUCUUGUUUUCGAUUGGCGUGGCAUUUGACGAUCUUCUUGCAAACCGACGCAGCUUUUGCAUUGAUGAGCCGAACAAGUUUGCACGCUUUCGACAUUUCUGUGACUUGAAUUGGUCCAAGCUAGCUGCUCGACACAAUAAAGACGGUAAUGAGCAAACGCGUGAUAAAAGUAUUGCUUUGACUUAG